AUAGUAAUUGCUAGCGAUGAAGAUACCAAGUCCAAGAACUAAGGAUAGAUGCUAAUAUCGGUCGGAUUGGACAGAAGGGGCGUCUGCAUGAGCCGGGUAAGGAAUGUGGCUGCACCGUCGACAGCGGAAGCGGAGUAAGUCGAUUAUUACUAUUUGAUGCUGAAGCCGGUUGGAUACUAUCCGGUGGAGAGUGACCCCCAAGAAAUUGAUUGCUGGAGUCGAUAGUUUGAGGGGACGGCGUUGAAAGCGCGAUUGAAUAACGAAUGUGGUUCCGGUAAUAUGGAAGAGGAUGAGGGGGUGAAGGGGGAAGGAGAGACAGUGACCGAAAAGUAUGCGACGCGAGAAAGCAAUGCAAGAGAGAAAAGAAAAGAGAGGAAGAGAGAGAGAGAGAGAGAGAGAGCUGGAGGAAGGCGAGAGAGUAGAAUGCAAAAUAAAAUCAAAUGGGAAAAAAAAGAGCAACGAUCGCUUUGGAAGGUAUGGAAGACUAGAAAAAAAAGAAGGGAUCUGGAUUCCUUUCGAUCGUCAUUCUGGUUACCCUUUAUUUUUCUUGAUGGGGUUUACUGUAUUGGUCUUAUUUUCCCAAAUUUCUCAUUUUGCCCAUCUCAGGUUCCAAAGUAUUAUUCCAUUUUCUAUUUUCUUUUUUUCUACUGCCUGUUUAACCAAAGCCAAUGAUUUGACAUUGACUCAAUGGACUACCACUUUUCAGACUUCUCUCCGUCCCUCACAAGCUGACGGGGGGGAAGCAGAAGCGUGGAAAGUGGAUUAUGAUUCUGAAUGACUGGAUUGAAUUAUUAUUAUUUAUUAUUAUGUGGGAUCGCAUUAUUGGGCCCAAUUGGCCAGCGCUGCGAUGGUCGCUGGAACCCAAAGCGGA